CGUGUCAGUAGACUGUCUGUGUGUGGCACAGGGUUGCGUUGCUGGAAGAAGGGGGAAAUGAGCGAAAGGCGAAGAAGUACAACGUUACUCUUUUAAACGUUGCAAACCUCUUCAAAAUCGGAAGUACAUUUUUGGCAGUGUUUUCUGGUGGAUUACGCGAACAUUUUUCUGCGCUGUGGAGUUUGGCGUUUCUGUAUUGCUCUGCCUUGGACCCUCGCGCGGAGAUUCACACACUCCUCGAGUCGCCUCUUUUGAGAAAGAGAGAGCGAGCGCUCACGGGAGAUGUUUUUCGCCGUUUGCGUCCACCAGGAACCGUUUCUUCCUCUCAGCGCCGAAGAGUAAGACAUUAAAUUGGUGUUUAACAUUUCAGAACUUGAUUGCAGUUGCUGAAACGGUGGAAGUGAUUCGGCGAUUCGGACGCACAAAGACAGGGAUCAAGCAGCAGAGAUCUGAGAGCACAGGAUUUUGCCCCCCAGCGUCCAGUGGGCUUCGUGUCCGACUGAUUUUUGUCGGGUACAGUGGCGUGCCAGUGGACACCUCCCCACCAAAUAGACCUCCAAUAAAUAAAGGAUACAUUUCAAUAUGUAUCCACAGGGCCGGCAUCCGGCGCCCCACCAGCCUGGUCAGCCAGGCUUCAAAUUCACAGUGGCGGAGUCCUGUGACAGGAUCAAAGACGAAUUUCAGUUCCUGCAAGCCCAGUAUCACAGUCUUAAAGUGGAGUACGACAAACUGGCCAAUGAGAAGACAGAGAUGCAGCGCCAUUAUGUCAUGUACUAUGAGAUGUCCUAUGGGCUGAACAUUGAAAUGCACAAACAGACCGAGAUUGCUAAAAGGCUCAAUGCGAUUCUAGCCCAGAUUAUGCCUUUUCUGUCACAAGAGCACCAACAGCAAGUAGCGCAAGCUGUUGAACGUGCAAAGCAAGUGACAAUGACUGAACUGAAUGCUAUCAUCGGGGUACGUGGACUUCCCAAUCUGCCUCUCACCCAGCAGCAACUCCAGGCCCAGCACCUCUCUCACGCUGCCCACGGCCCUGUGGCUUUACCCCCCCACCCUUCUGGCCUGCAGCCCCCUGGAAUCCCACCGGUCACCGGCUCCGGCCUGCUGGCUCUGGGAGCCUUGGGAAGUCAGCCACACUUGCCUGUGAAGGAUGAAAAAAACCACCACGACUUGGAGCACAGAGAGAGCACAAACAAUUCCAUCUCUCCAUCAGAUAGCCUUCGCACAACCAGCGAGAAGCACCGUGGCUCCUCUGAUUACAGCCUGGACUCCAAGAAACGCAAAGUGGAAGACAAAGACAGCAUGAGUCGAUAUGACAGUGAUGGAGACAAAAGUGAUGAUCUUGUGGUUGAUGUGUCCAAUGAGGACCCUGCCACUCCCAGAGGCAGCCCUGCCCACUCCCCUCCUGAGAAUGGCAUAGAUAAGCCCCGCCCUGCAAAAAAGGACAUGCCCAACAGUCCCGCCUCUGUGGCCUCCUCCGGCAGCACUCCCUCCUCCAAAAACAAGGAGCACGGUCAUAAUGACAAAUCCUCCACGCCUGGUCUCAAGUCUAACACCCCCACACCUCGUAACGAUGCCCCCACCCCGGGCACUAGCACCACCCCUGGCCUGCGGCCCAUCCUGGGCAAGCCUCCGAUGGAAGCUCUGGCCGCCCCUGCUCUGCGCACCCCCCUCUCCUACCCGACUCCCUUUGCCAUGAUGGGCCACCAUGAGAUGAAUGGCUCUCUGACCAGCCCUGGAGUCUACGCUGGCCUGCACAUCUCCCCUCAGAUGAGUGUGGCUGCAGCCGCUGCCUAUGGACGCUCGCCCAUGGCUGGUUUCGAACAUCCUCAUAUGAGAGCUCCCGGCCUCCCUGCCAGCCUCACCUCAAUCUCUGGGGGAAAACCAGCGUACUCUUUCCAUGUCAGUGCUGACGGACAGAUGCAGCCUGUACCCUUCCCUCCAGAUGCACUAAUUGGUCCAGGGAUCCCACGCCACGCCCGUCAGAUUAACACCCUCAGUCAUGGUGAGGUUGUGUGUGCCGUCACAAUCAGUAACCCCACUCGCCAUGUCUACACUGGCGGCAAGGGCUGUGUUAAGAUCUGGGACAUCAGUCAGCCUGGAAGCAAGAGCCCAGUGUCUCAACUAGACUGCCUGAACAGGGAUAACUACAUUCGCUCCUGCAAACUGUUGCCUGAUGGCCGCACUCUAAUCGUUGGAGGAGAGGCCAGCACUCUAACCAUUUGGGAUCUUGCAUCCCAGACACCCCGCAUUAAAGCCGAGCUGACCUCCUCUGCGCCGGCCUGCUACGCGCUGGCCAUCAGCCCUGAUGCUAAAGUGUGCUUCUCCUGCUGCAGUGAUGGCAACAUUGCCGUCUGGGACCUCCAUAACCAAACCCUUGUCAGGCAGUUCCAGGGUCACACCGAUGGUGCCAGCUGCAUUGACAUCUCUCAUGAUGGGACCAAGUUAUGGACGGGUGGCCUUGACAACACAGUACGCUCCUGGGACCUCAGAGAAGGACGGCAACUCCAACAGCAUGACUUCACAUCUCAGAUCUUCUCGCUGGGCUACUGUCCCACGGGUGAGUGGCUGGCUGUUGGCAUGGAGAGCAGCAAUGUGGAAGUUCUCCACCACACCAAGCCUGACAAGUACCAGCUACACCUUCACGAGAGCUGUGUUCUCUCUCUCAAGUUUGCCUAUUGUGGUAAAUGGUUCGUGAGCACUGGGAAGGACAAUCUGUUGAAUGCAUGGAGGACUCCCUAUGGCGCCAGCAUAUUCCAGUCAAAGGAAUCAUCCUCAGUCUUGAGCUGUGACAUCUCAGCUGAUGACAAGUACAUUGUAACAGGCUCUGGAGACAAGAAGGCCACGGUGUAUGAAGUGAUCUACUAGACUGAGAUGUAACAGCCUCCCUGGAGGAGGAAGGGAGGGACAGAUGACUUCUCACUCCAGUGACUCUCCUAGUCAAAUAGACAGGAACAGCCUUUGUCUGUCUGUCUGACUGCCUGUCUCAUUCUCACUGACUAUAUUACUGACUGGCCUGGCCGCGGCUUGGACGAGUGGGCACUGGGGUGACCGGGACUUGAGCUGCCUGGACUUGGACAUAAAUGUGCAGCCCUACAGACCCCAAACACCUCCUCCACCGUGACCACACUCAGCCCAGUUUAUAUGGCACUAGAGAACAUUGUCUCAAUGUUUCUUUCCUUGCUGUUUUUUUCCAUCAUAUAUUUCUUUGAUGGAUUUUGUCUUUUUUCUCACUCUCUAAGCGGUGAGAAUUAUCCAUAAUGCAUCGUGAAGCAGUACUUCGUUCUGAAACUUCAUCUGCGUGGAGGCUAUGUGAAAAGUGUACAUAAUGGAGUAUUAAAAUGCCUUUUAUAGAUUUCUAUUUUGGUGUUCAGUUACAAAUGUGAUGGUUCUCUCUCUCUCAUUCUCUCCUUGAUGCCUCGUUUCCCCUUUGAGGUUUGGAAAUUAGAUUAAGACGUUUUUUUCUAAGGAUAUUCUAUUCUGUUUUUUCCCCCUUUGAGAAGUUCAUUUUCCAGGCUGACCUUUUAUGGAAAUCUAAUUUGCUUUUUCCCCCCUCCCUCCUGAAAAACAAUUUUGAGCUAAAUUGCAUUAGAGGCAUUUUUGUAAAAUGUCCUGUGGCAUUUUUUUUUUUUUUUUUUAGUGGCUUACACCCCAUUGCAAAGCACCUGAGACUGCAGUUUAGGCUCCAUAGGAGGGGCAGUUCAGUUCUCCAACAAACCUCAAUGAAAAUCAAAACCCUGCCUUCUGCAAGCAGAGAGUCCCUCUUUUGGGGGACAAGACCUGGAUUUUGAAUUACGAUUGUAUUUACCAAUUAGUAGAGGACUAUUCUCAAACUUGUCUCUUCAUUGUGCUUUUGUAUGACCAGGACAUGACAACUUGUCUUGUAGUGGAAGGCUUGAAAUUUGGAUAAUUUGGUUGUUUUCCUCCCCCUUCCCGUUCCUGAGUCCCAGUGACAUACACUGUGGUUUGUGUGCAUAGUGUUUCAUGUACAGGAAGCACAUGGUAAAGGUAAAAUGUCUGCAGAUAAGCCAAACGGACCAUAAAACUCUUGCCAAGAAAUUUACUAGAUGUCCAGCUUGUUUAUAUCGUCACACUGUUAGCGUCCCCCUCCCAAAGCAAGAGCAAAGAGCUGGAAGAAACGGACACUUCUCAAAACACACCAAAGUAUGUAGCAAACUGUGUUGUCACUGAAUAUAUGUACAGUUGUUGAUAAUUCAAUAAACUGUUUUUGUAAAAAAUGAAAUAUUUAAGAAUGCCUUCUAUCUCUCUCUGUCUGUGUUGUAAAUUAGUUUCCCAGUGCCUCACGUUGGCCUCUUCAGUGGCAGUAUUGUAAUGACACAUCAAUGGAGAGCAGAACUUCAAGCCACUUAAGGGGGAAGCAUGAUGCAAACCUUGUUCUUCGGCCUCUGAAUGUUCUGUUGGUAGUGGAGCACUCUUAUUAGGGGGUCAGCUGAGAUUAAUGCCCUCUCCAGCCCUUAUUUUCUGUCUGUUCAUGUGUAUACCGAGGGGCUCUCUUUGAGAACUCCCUCGUCUGUUUAGUAAUGUUUUUGUAAGAUUAUAAAAGCAGAGGCGGAUGGUUUCGGCUCUGAAAUGGUCUCUCUGCUCAGUCCCCUCUCUUUAACUCCCCUUAUAUAGACACAAGUGUGCAUUUCCUGAGUGCAUCUAUAAAGCAGCCACUGUGCACUUCUGGAACUUUCUCUCAAUCAAGAGGUUGAGGGGCCGUACAGGGAUGAAAGGGUUUGCUCCUGAGUGCAUGACACUGGACGAGUAGAAGGGCUGUCAGCCAUUUCCAUCCCUUUUCAAUCUGUUGGCGAUGGAAAAGACUUUUCAUUUACAUUUUGUAUUUCUUAUUGUCAAUUAAAGGAAUAUUGUGGGUUCACAAAAGUUAAACCUAAUCAGCA